AUGAACGCGAGCUACAGCAGCAGCAGCACUAGCAGCAGCAGCAGCUGCUGCUGCUGCGCCGACCGCCGCCGCGCUGGCUGUUGGGUGGCGCCACAGACAUCUCUCCAUCUGGCUCACCCGGCUGCCGUUGCUGCGCUGCCUGGUGGUCAUACCAGCAGCAGCAGCACCACCACCGGCAGCAGCAGCAGCGGCACCAGCGCCAGGAGGCCGAACUGCAAACAGCAGCAUCCAUCUGGCACUUCCCAGUUGGUGAUUGGUGACAGCAAUACAGUUGUUCGCUGCACCUGCGAGACCGCGGCAGCAGCAGCAACAACAACAACUGCAGAACAAACACCAACCACAACAACAGCAGAAGAGGCCACCGCAACUGCAGCAGCAGAAGCACCCCACCAACGUGCGCGGGGGCAUACGUACGCACCUCAACAGGAAGAGCAGCAGCAGCAACGGCAGCACCAGCACCAGAACCAACAGAGGCAUUACCAGUGGCAGCAAUUGUCCACCGAUUUUGUGGCUGCUCCGCAUGCCCUCGAGCCGGGAGCUCCUCUGCGAAGCAGCACCUCCUCCAGCAGCAGCGGAAGAAGUAGCAGCAGUUGCUGCUGCUCCAACUGUUGCUGCUGCAGCAGUUGUUACAGCAAGAUGGGAAGACAAGCCGCAGGCUCUAGGGCCAGCAAUAGCAAGCAGCGUGCAAAUGCUGCGACUUCUGCUGCCGCAGCCCAUGUAGCUGCGUCUGGUGGCACAGCGGUCGCCGCUGCGUCGCAACAGCACGAGCACCAGCAAGACCUUCCAGCAGUUAUUUGCGGAAGCGCAGGAGCAGCAACGGGCAGCAGUGAGGCUGAGACGGCCACCACAGCACAGACUGGGAACGGGUCUCCAGAAGAUGACGCAGCAGCAACAGCGCAACAAUUGGAUCACCGUCUGCAGCACCGACAGCAGCAGCGACAGCAGCGGCAGCAGCAGCAGCGGUUGAAUGGCCGCAAGGCAGAGGCCCUCGAGGCCUCCGAGGAGUUCCCCUUCGCGCCGUUUGUGAACUCAGCUAAUGGGGCAGACACUGCAGCGGCAGCAGCAGUGCCGACACCAACGUCUGCAAUUGCUGCUGCUUCUGUAACUGCUGGAGAUGCUGUCAUUUCAGGGCUUCGAGGGCGCCUGAGUAGUGCGAUGUCGGGGGCGAGGAACGGGCUAGGGUUGCCUUCUCUGUGCAGCAGCAGGCUGCUGCAGGAGCAGCAACGGCUGCAGCACAGGCACCAGCAUAGGGAGGAGGAGGAGGAAUUGCUGCUGCUGCAACACCAGCAGCAGCAGCAGCAGCAGCAGGACCUGGCUGCUCUUGAGCUGCAUCAACAACAAGGCGACCGCGCUCCGUCUCCAAGCAGUGAGGGAGAUGUCUUUGAUUCGUUUACGCUGCUGCACACAGAUGAGAGCCACACCUUAUCUCACUGUGCUGCAGCAGCAGCAACGGCGGCAGUAGCAGGGGCUUGCCACCCCUCGAAGCCGCGCACCUGCAACCGCCUGGAUUGCCCGCAUCUGGCUCACGGCUCCGCAGCAGCGGCAGCUGCUGCUGCAGGCUUCCCCUGUGUUGAUCGGCUCAGCGCAUCUGCUGCAGAUACAUUUGGAGAGCCCACAGACGCUGUGCUGCUGCCAGAGGACGCCACCAUAGGACUGCCCCGGCCGCAUGGACGUGCUGUUUGUUGCUGCUGCAACCCGGGAGGGGGGGUGACGAGCAGCAGCAGCAGCAGCAGCAGUAGCAGCAACAACAGCAGCAGCUUCAAUGUGCCAGCUCCAGGUGCGCAGCAGGCCCUCUGUGCGGAUUGUUGCUGCUGCUGCUGCGGCGAUGUUCUGAAGCAGCUGCUGCAGGCUUCCUUUUGGGGGGGCAUUUGUGCUGCAGAACGCAUGCGGCGCCGCAUAGAGCUUCGGGUGACGGAGGCGGUGAGCAGCAGCAACAGCAGCAGCAGCACCACCGGGUUCUUGGUAGGCCCAUCACUUUGGUCUCGCGCUGCUCUGUAUGCCGUGACGGGUACUGUAGAAGGUGUGGGGCCGUUUGCUGUGCGACGGCGACACUGCGACUUCCAGUGGCUGCAGCAGCAGCUGCAGCAGCUGCUGCCGGGGGUAUUUAUUCCUCCCCUCCCUAAGAAACAAGGGUUGGGUUGCAAGGGGGAGACAGAGACAGCGGCGGAUAGAAGACAGGGCCUUUGUUCCUUUCUAACACGAGUCCUUAACCGUCCCCACCUAGCUAACACUUCUGUUGUGCGUGCGUGGCUCGAGGUCACCCCCUCCGGCGGCAGCAGCAGCUGCUGCAAUAGCAGCAACAGCAGCGACGGAACCUUCUCUAUUGAGGCUUUGAAGCAACGCAGACAGCACAUGACGGAACUACAGAGGCUCGAGGAGCAGCUUGCUGAGUACAAAAGAACAUUUGCAAGCGAAUUGGCUGCUGCUGCUGGGACGGCGGCGGCGGCGGGAGCUGCUGCUCCUGCGGCAGCACCUGCAGCAGCAGUAAAAGCCACUUCUCCUUCCUCCGUGUCUCCACAGGUUCCUGCAUGGGGGUCGGGGCCCCCAUCUCCAGCUACAGCAGCAACUGCUGCUGCUGCUAUUUCUGCUGCAGACGCGGGCCCCCGCAUGGCUGCCAGCAAGGCCUUAGUGUCACACCACCUACAGUUCCUGUCACUGCUGCAGCGGCACCUUCGACGCAUUUGCAAACUGCAGCAGGAGCAGCAAGGCAGCAUGGAAGCCUUGCAAGCUGUGCUGUUAGAUCACAGACUCGCAGACCCGUUGCAGCAGUUGCUGCAGCCCUUGUUACUGCAACAGCAGCAACAGCAGCUGAGUGACAACGGCUGUGGGACUGUUGCUGCAGCAUGGGGUUUCGCAGCAAAGCAGCAGCAUCAUCAGCAGCAAGAGCACCAGAAAGAUAUCCGCGAAAAUGGGCCAUCGUGGAGCCGUAAGUCGCAGCAGCAACAACAGCAACAACACCAGCAGCAACAGUAUGUGGACAAGCACAGCACUGGGUGUGCAUCCGCUGUCCUCGCUAACCAAUGCAUACAGCAACAGAAGCAGCAACAGCAUCAGCAGCAGGCGGCAUUGGUGCAAGGGUUUAGAAUAUCGGGUAGCGACGCUUUGCAGGACCUGUCCUCAGUAUUAUUUUUCUGUGGCAUGUUGUGCCAACGUCAGUCGCAGCAGCAGCAUCUAGACGUGCUGCUUGCUGCUGUUAAUCGAGGAAUAGAAGACAGCGAGUGCAUGCUGAAUGCGUUUAACUAUGUGGAGCAGCUGCAGCAGCAGCAGCAGCAGCUGGCAGCAGCAACGGCGAAGCUGCAGGUUGAGCUUGCGGCUUUGCGGCGAUCUCCUAGGGGUUGUUGGCUGCAGACGCAUUUGCGUUGGAAGGACAAGGCAGCGCAGGUGGGGGAGCAGCAGCAGCGCCUGCAGCAGCAGAAGAUGCUGCUGCAGCCGCUGCAGCAGCAGGUGGCCUUGGCGCAGCAGGUGCUUGUCUAUGUCGAGGCUCCUGCAUGGGCAGCAAUGCGUUCAGAGGCGCUUGCUGCAGCAGUCUACGGAUUCUUAACAGCGCGACAUUCUCUGGAGAGACGUAGCGAGGCUAUAUGGGAGGCUUUCUGCUCACAUGCUGCCCGGUUCCACUGCCAGCAGCAGCAUUUGCAGCACCUGCUGCAACAGCCGCAGCAGCAACAGGCCAAGCAGCAGACCGACGCAGAAGGACGUAAAGCAUGA